AUGUCCCUCGAAAGCGAAGCAGUUGCCAGUGCGACCAUCGAGCUCCUUGAAGCUCGUCUACGCCGUCUCUCCUACCUCCUAACUGGCGGCACCGACUGGACGGGCGUCCCAUCAACACCAGAGAAACCCGCCUCGCUCGACGAAACGGUAUCACGUCGACUCGCUCGUCUAGAGCGGGAACUGGAGAAAUUGAGUCGAAAUGUACCCGCUGUACGCGAUGUGAUCCAAUUGCACGACAGCUUCCCAGACCUCUUCAACCCCCCAACCCCCCACUCCAUACCCGAAGACCUCACCCCACGCACCCUCACCUCAAUCGUCCUCUCCUACGCAACCGCCUUCCCCGAAACCGCCUCGCGCCUCACAUCCCUCAACGACCUGCCCGUCCCGGACGCAAUGUCCUCCGCCUCUCUAAUCACCCUGCAACCGCAAUUAGACCAGCUUGCGCAGAAACAGGCCGAGCAGGCGGCUGAAGUGUCGGAACUGCGGGUGCGCACGGCGCGCGUGUUGCAGCGGUGGUAUGAGGUUGGGGUUGUGGGGAGUGGGGAGUGUUGGGCUGAGUGGGAGGGGAGGGUGGAGGGGGUUGAGAGGGAGGUUAGGAGGAGGGAGGUUAUUCGGGAGAAGAGGGAGAAUGAGAUUUAG